AUGCUCAAAGGCCACGAUUUCCCGAUCUUGGCAAGGCAAUUUACCACUCAACUGAUUGAUGUCUCUCGAGCUCAGCGGACAUACCGAGAACGUAUAGAACGCAUGCAAUGGAACCUUCGGGUGGAAAAGGAGUGGAACAAGAUCUUCUCGCGGAUCGACCACGUUUUUCUGUUCCUCUUCCAGGCAGCAAACGUUUUGGUUCUUCUGAUGUUUCUGCGAUAUGCAUUCAUUCCUGUGCCUGAGCUUCCCGAUGAUUUUACUGUAUGA